CCUUGACUAAUUUCUUUUUUUUUUGGUCCUGACUAAUGUUUAAACCCUAGGGGCCAUGAUACAGGGGUUUAUGCUUCGCUCCGCCAUCAAACGGAAUCGUCCUACAUUUUCUUAUUUUCGCGCGAAUUUCUUUUCCUUCGUCAUGGUCUUCAUCUCGUUCCUUCUGAGGAUUUAAGAAAAUUCUGUACUCUUUAAUCCGACCACAGCUCGGGAUUCGAAAUCCAGCCAUGGCUGCUUUAAGGAUUUCGUCCUGCGCAGCAGUGGCUGCCACCGUUGCUUCCCUCUCCGCAUUUUCCGAUCGUGCGUACGCCGACGGCCCGUUUCGUUUCUCUCCUUUCUCUUCGUCUUCUUCGACAGCUCAGCCUGCUCAAACAGCUAGUCCGAAUUCGAAAGUCAAGGCGGCGGCCGAGGAGUCAAGAGGCAGUUCGUCUGGCUUCGAUCCCGAAUUGUUAGAAAGAGGUGCAAAAGCCCUUCGCGAAAUAAACAGCUCUCCACAUGCCAAACAGAUUUUUGAAGUGAUGAGAAAGCAGGAAGAGACUCGUCUGGCCGAGUUGGACGCAGAGAAAGCUCAAUAUCAAGCUAUCCAAGCUCAGGCUGACAUUGAGAAGCAACGGAAAAUGGCUGAAGAACAGAGGAAUCUAAUUCAGCAACAGGCACAGGCAAAAGCACAAAUGGCUCGCUACGAAGAUGAAUUGGCUAGAAAAAGAAUGCAGACAGAUCAUGAAACUCAAAGGCUACAAAAUGCUGAAUUGGUUAGAAUGCAAGAGGAGUCCUCCAUACGAAAAGAACAAGCUAGGCGUGCUACAGAAGAACAGAUCCAAGCACAACAACGCCAGACUGAGAAAGAGAGAGCUGAGAUAGAACGUGAAACAAUAAGGGUAAAGGCUAUGGCUGAGGCUGAAGGUCGUGCCCAUGAGGCAAAACUGACUGAAGAUCAUAACAGGAGAAUGCUUUUGGAACGGAUGAAUGGUGAAAGGGAAAAGUGGCUUGCUGCCAUCAAUACUGCUUUUAGUCAUAUUGAAGGGGGUUUCAGGAUUUUAUUGAAUGACCGGAAUAAAUUGCUUGUGGCUGUUGGAGGAGCUACUGCAUUAGCUGCUGGAGUUUAUACUACUAGAGAAGGUGCUAGAGUGAUCUGGGGUUAUGUCAACCGUAUACUGGGCCAACCUUCUUUGAUUCGAGAGUCAUCAAUUGCCAAAUUUCCAUGGUCAGGCUUACUUUCUCGAGGUGCUAAUAAGGUGCUCAGUUACAGCACCACAGCUGGGGCAACAAGGUCAUUGGAAAGUAAAUCCAGUUUUAGGGGGAUUGUACUCCACCCUUCAUUGCAGAGAAGGAUUGAACAACUUGCUCGGGCUACAGCAAAUACCAAGUCUCAUGAGGCACCCUUCCGUAACAUGCUUUUCUACGGGCCUCCUGGGACUGGUAAAACUAUGGUUGCAAGAGAAAUUGCACGGAAAUCGGGUUUGGAUUAUGCAAUGAUGACGGGGGGAGAUGUAGCACCUCUGGGCCCACAGGCAGUCACUAAAAUCCAUCAAAUAUUUGAUUGGGCUAAAAAGUCAAAGAAAGGUUUACUACUCUUCAUUGAUGAGGCUGAUGCUUUUUUGUGCGAGCGUAACAGCAUCCAUAUGAGUGAAGCUCAGCGGAGUGCUCUCAAUGCAUUGCUCUUUAGAACGGGAGACCAGUCAAGGGACAUAGUACUUGUCCUUGCCACUAAUCGACCAGGGGAUCUCGACAGUGCCAUCACGGACCGUAUAGAUGAGGUUAUCGAGUUUCCGCUCCCUGGGGAGGAGGAGCGUGUAAAACUGCUGAAGCUCUAUUUGAACAGGUACCUCUCCAGUGGAGACAAGAUUGAAUCCUGGUGGGGAUCUUUAUUCAAGAAGAACCAACGGAGCAUUACCAUAAAGGAUAUCUCUGAGGAUGUAAUUCUUGAGGCUGCUCGGAAGACAGAAGGGUUCUCUGGUAGAGAGAUAGCAAAGCUGAUGGCAAGUGUCCAAGCGGCAGUCUAUGGUCGUCCGGAUUGCAUCUUGGAUUUGCAGUUGUUCAUGGAAAUUGUAGACUAUAAGGUUGCAGAGCAUCAACAACGAAUAAAACUUGCAGCUGAAGGCAGUCAAUUAGCCUAGAAUUGCGUUUGUGCCAGAUAUUCUCUUUUAAGAUCAUUCACCCAACAGUGGCCUUUCAAACGCUCAUUGGUUUCAAUUUUGUUUGGCCAAGAAUCAAUUUUUUAGAAUGUAGGAAAUCUACACAUGUUAAAUGGGCUCCACAGGCUGGGGAAUCAACGCAUGGGCUAUUGUGAAUCUAGAAAUCUUAUUAAUUCACCCGAAAAAUAAUCUCUCAUAUACACACAGCCGGACGACAUGAACCGGGGCUCUGCUUCUGGCAAUGUGGUCUGCAUAUAAUCGAGCUGACUUGAUACAGGGAACCACCUGAGUUGCAAUGUUUUUUCUCUUUUUGUUUCAUUGUAUUAGCAUGGAAUAAUUUUUUCAAAUGGCAUAGUUUCGGUUAUAUUUUUGCCCU